CAGUUGUCACGAUAAAAAAUAACAGUUAAAGCGCCUAAUACAAAAUUCUCAGUUUUAUCAUAAUAAAUGGAUAUUUAUUUUGUAGAUAAUGCAAGACAACAUGAGAUCGAAACAUUCUAUGAAGCCUGUCAGCGAUACAGGGACUACUAUAGAGGCUUUCCAAAAGCGCAUCAUCCCUUGAUCUACUUUAAAGACCCGGAAUACAUGUGGCAAUGCCCGCAAGAAAUGACACCAACAUAUUUAUCAUUCCCUAUGUAUCAUGUGAAAUAUAAGCAGCCGGUUGUGUUGCCAAGCAACACUGGAAGAACCAGUGGUUUCCCCGCCUUACCGAACCGCACUCUUGGUGGUCGCUUUAACAAAGCGGCAUGUAAAGCCUUUGUUAGAUAGACAUGAAUACAUUUUCUUGAAGCCA